GUAGGCCUUGACAGAUUUUUCAAUGCCCCUUUUGUUCAAUUUUAUGGCAUUUCAGGUAUUUGAUACCGAAUGUUUAUACCUUGCCAACGGAAGUAAAUAUGCCACGAAAUUACAUUCAGGUUUCGAUAGCCCAGUUUCAGUUCUAAAAAUAAACCAGGUCUUUCCAUUGCUAUUUAUAGACUGGCUUUCUUUCAUGGAAUAACGAUCAGUGAAGCUGUGUCUGUAAUUUGCCAUUAUUUUAAGAUUUGUGGUAUUAAAUCUAUGUAAACGGUCCCUGCAUUUGACGCCCUGGAUAUGGAGGGUCUGUCGGCCCCCGAUGUCCCCCUGGGCUCCUCGGCUUCGGACAGUAACUCCUCCUCGGACCAAGUAGAAAACAGCCAACCAGCGAACGGGAAUUCCACGGCAAGUGAGGCGCUGAAACUCGUGAAGAAUGGACUUAAAUCUAAAAUCCAGAAAAAGUACACGGAAAAUGGACAAGCACCUUUACAAGUUUCAUUUGAUCCUCCCCCAAAAUAUGAGUUGACAGAGGAGGAAAGGAAAAAGCAAGAGCUGAGAAAGAUAAGAAAUAGAAGAUCUGCCAACUACAGUCGAGAAAAAAGGAAAAUGAAGGAAGAAAGUCUAGUAAAGGAGGUGGAGACUUUGGAAACGGACCACAAAAAAUUGAAGAGGGAAAUACAACAGCUUAAAGUGUUGAAAGAGAAGAUGGAAACUACCUUUGCGAGUCACCUUGCCCGAUGCCAGCAACAGAGACAAAAACUCAGUGUGCAGCUUGGCUCAGAACAAUUAGAGCAGUUAGAGAAAAAGUGUUGUAGAAACCCUGUAAUGACAAAUGUGAACGGAAGACCCAAGUUUGUAGGGGUGCAUGGCAUGCAAACUGAAUAUACUCAAACUUUAAGCUCAGAUUCCUCUUCUGAGGAAAUUGAACCUUUCUCUAGACAGGCCAGUGAGGGUUUUGAAGCCAAUGUAAUUCAAGAUUACUUGGAAGAUGGCGUUUGAUUCGGCUGGAAUGUUACCUUGUGACCCAUAUUGUCUUUCAAACUUUAGCUUGGAUUUGACUAAUAUCGUUUAAUCCCUGUUAGAAUUGUUCUUAGUCGCUGAUAUCCAUCAUACCGAAUUAGUGCUAAGCGUAUCAAGAUGCGUUGUCUGGCGCUUUCUUUUGAACACUGGUGAUUUUGCACCUUAAACAUAGGUCAGCGAACAGGGUCUGUGUAUAGGAUGCCAGUUGUGCCAUACAAACAUUAAUUUCUCGGAAUUUAUCUUUAUUUUUUUGUUCUCACGAUACAAUGUUUUCUUCUCGUAAUACAUUGUUUGCAAAACGCAAUGAAAGAGUGAAAUGUGUAACAAGAAUAUAUUUGGCACUUUGCCAAGCUAAAACAGUCUUUUCUAGGAAUUGAAAAUGGAAAUUUAAAAAAAAAAUUUUCUUCGUUUUAUUACUUGCUCUGUGUUGUUGUUUUGGGAGAAACUCUGUUUUUAUUUACAAUUUUAUUAAGAUUUGUAAAUUACACUGUAUUACUUUUUUUUAUUGAAUUACAAUAACUUUUAUUUGUUGUUGAUCAUGAAUUUAUCCUGGUGAUUUAUUCAGAAUAGCGUAUUGAGUUUAUGUUGUUCUUGUGACCUUCUGUGUGAAUGAUACACAACAUAAUACGUUCCAAAAUCAGGUGAAACCAAUGCAUAUGUACCCAGGCUUAUAAUGGGGACUAUUCAGUAAAAUCAUAUCCUUAUAUCAUUCAUUGAAUUCGUUUAUUUUUGUUACUCUUUUGCUUUUGCUAAAUGUUUGUUUCACUAAUAAAUUCCUCAAACAAGAGGCAAUUACAUGUA